UAAUUCCCCCACAAUGCCGUGCUGUAACCCCAGUGACCUAGAACUACACAUGCUGAGUGAGAGUGUGGCAAACUAAGAAGAAAACACCAUGUCUAAGGGCGCCAAGGCCGCCAAGAAAAUGGUACAGGCGGCAGGAGGACCUAACUUCAUCAAGGGUAUAGUACCAGCUGGGCAGGCCCUACCAGCACCGCCUCUGGGACCGAUUCUAGGACAGAGAGGAAUCCCUAUAGCUCAGUUUUGCAAGGACUUCAAUGAGAAGACAAAGCACAUUAAGGAGGGUGUACCAAUGCCAUGUAAGAUAACAAUAUUGCCCAAUAGGAAAUGGAACAUUGAAUUCAAACUGCCUCCAGUGUCAUACUUCUUGAAGGCUGCAGCAGGUGUGGCUAAAGGGGCUCACAGCACAGGACAUGAAAUUGGAGGAAUCGUGACGGUUAAACAUAUAUAUGAGAUUGCCAAAGUCAAAGGUCAAGAGGAACACCUGAAGCAUAUGAAUCUUGAACAGAUGUGUAAAACCAUCAUUGGACAGGCUAGAUCCAUGGGAAUUCAGGUUGUUCACCAGCUAGGGGCAGAGGAGUAUAGGGUGUUCCUACAGGAGCUGGCUGAGAGAAGAGUAAGGGAGGCAGAAGAGAAGGCAGCAGCUGCAGAAGAAGCACUGAAAGGGAUGAGAUGAUGACAGGACAGACAGUCUGGAGUACUUCCAAUGUUUCAUCAGUGUUCAGCUGUUCUUGAGAGAACUGACUACUUGGCUCUUACGAUAUCAAGAUUUUGAAACAGGGAAAGUGUUUCUUUGUUAGAUUCAAAGGACUCCAAUUAGAGUACACUAACUCGUACCUGGGCACAAUAUUAUGCCAGAAAGAUUGUUGGCAGUUUAUUGGUCAUAUGUACAUGUAAUGAUGAAGUACUGAAGGGCAUACAUUAAAAAAAUUCAGAAAAAUAUCCAGGUUUACCUGCAAAAUGUAAGAAGCACGACACUGAUAGUCAUAAUCAUUUGUUUAAUUUUACACUGUGAAAUACUAGUAUACACAAUCAAAA